CAUGCAUGUAUAGCUGAAGACCCUCAACACUUCCGCCAGCUUGUUGUGUUCCUAGUUCAUAAUUUUCAGCUUGAUCACUCACUCCUGGAAAAACGUGGAGCUUUGAUAAUUCGUCGGCUGUGUGUCCUUCUAGAUGCUGAAAGAGUUUAUCGUGAACUGUCUAGCAUACUUGAAGGGGAAUCAGAUUUGGAUUUUGCAUCUAUCAUGGUUCAGGCCUUAAACUUGAUUCUGCUUACUGCAUCUGAAUUGUCUGACCUUCGAGAUCUUCUUAAACAAUCGCUGAUCAAUGCUGAUGGGAAGAACCUAUUUCUUUUCUUAUAUGCAUCAUGGUGCCAUUCUCCAAUGGCAAUAAUUAGCCUUUGCCUAUUAGCUCAGGCAUAUCCACAUGCAAGUUCUGUUAUCCAUCUGUUGGUUGAGGAAGACAUCAAUGUGAAGUUCCUAGUCCAACUGGAUAAGUUGAUCCACCUUCUGGAGACUCCAACCUUUGCUUACCUUAGGCUGCAGGUAUUUUGGGUUUGUCCUUUUAUCGAGUUGUUAAACCUUGAAAUGUGGUUUCCUUUUUAUUUUGUUAAGGUAGAUAAUUUUAUUAAUAUUGGGGACAGCUCCUGUAUGCAAAAGAUAUACCAAAAGUAGAGAAUUUACAUCAAAAACAUGAUUACAGCAAAUACACCCCAUCAGCUAUACAAAUAGGUAUCUC